CAUCAAUCCCCAGCUCAGAGCUUUUCCAUCUCUCUUUCUAUCUCUCUUCUCUCUCUCUAUCAACUUCCAAAGGGUUCAUCCAAGUAAAGUAAGGAAUUAUUGUCCAAUUAGCUUAACUCAACCCCCACACCUACUGCUCACUCCGGCCAACCUAGCUAGCUUCCUCUCCCCUUCCUUACGUCUAUAAAUACCAGCCUUCCUCCUGCCUAUCUCCCUCCCCCUUCCCCCUCCUCGCUCCACUCGAUCCUCGAUCCCCUCUCGUUGAUCGAGCGGUGACAACGACGAUAAUGGCAAUGGCAUUCGCAUUGACAAGGUCCUCAGCAAUGAAGACCUCGCUCUGCGUGCUCCUCUGCAUCCUUGUCAUCUCAGAGGUGGUGGGGGUGCCGCGGUGCGCGGCGGCGCUGGGGAUAAACUACGGGCAGGUGGGGAACAACCUGCCGUCGCCGGCGCAGGUGGUGUCGCUGCUGGCGUCGCUGCGGAUCGGCAAGGUGCGGAUCUACGACGCCAACCCGCAGGUGCUGGCGGCGUUCGCCGGCACCGGGAUCGAGCUCAUCGUCACGGUGCCCAACGACCUGGUGCGGCCGAUGGCGGCGAGCCCCGGGGAGGCGCUGCAGUGGGUGUCCUCCAGCGUCCGCCCCUACUUCCCGGCGACGAGGGUGACGGGCAUCGCCGUCGGCAACGAGGUGCUCACCGACGACGACGAGGCGCUCAAGGCGGCCCUCGUGCCGGCGAUGCGGAACCUGCACGCCGCGCUGGCGCAGCUGGGGAUGGACGGCUACGUCCACGUCUCCACGGCGAGCUCGCUCGCCGUGCUGGCCACGUCGUACCCGCCGUCGCAGGGGGCGUUCACGGCGGAGGUGGCGCCGCUGAUGGCGCAGUUCCUGCGGUUCUUGGCCGAGACGAACGCGCCGUUCUGGAUCAAUGCGUACCCUUAUUUUGCUUACAAGGGUGACCCUACUAGGGUGUCCUUAGACUACGCAUUAUCAAACCCAUACCACGUGGGCGCCAUCGACCCCUACACCAGGCUGCAGUACACUAGCAUGUUGUAUGCACAGGUGGAUGCAGUGGCGUACGCGACAUCGCAGCUAGGAUACAACAACAUCCCGGUGUAUGUGUCGGAGACCGGAUGGCCAUCAAAGGGUGACACUGACGAGGUGGGCGCCACCGUGGAGAACGCUCGGGCCUACAACCGCAACCUAUUGCUCCGGCAGGCGGCCGGCGAGGGCACGCCACUCCGGCCACGGCAGCGGCUAGAGGUCUACCUGUUCGCGCUUUUCAACGAGAACAUGAAGCCCGGGCCGACGUCGGAGCGUAACUAUGGGUUGUACCAGCCCGAUGGUAGGACGAUGGUGUACAACGUUGGACUCAUGCAGCAGAGCACAUCUGCGGCAUCGCUCUCCCUCGCCGCCUCCCCAGCAACCAAGACGGAUGCCAAGAAGAACUUUGCUGGUCUAUGUUUCCUCUCAUCCUUGGCCAUCCUAGUAAUUUCCCAGGCUUUCUUUCUGGGAUAGCAGUGCCCAAAUGCAAGCUCAGCACAAAGGAAGAGCUUUUGGCACAAGCAAAAUGGCUUGACUAUUGUGGACCAAAAGCCUCUCCAAGACCAAAGGGGAGAUGCACCAUUUCAAGGAGGCAAAAGGAAAAUUAAAGGUAGCAGCUGUUGCCAAGAGGAAAAGCUGGAGGAGGCCACUUUGGGAUGUGGAAGGCACUAUCUUGGGGAUGGCACAGAGUUGUAAAUAGUGAUCAAAUUUAAUUAAUUAUAUGAGCUGUGUGACAAGCCCAUUUUGUGUCACACAUGGACAUGCACUUUAUUCCUUAAAUUAUUUAUUUUUCUUGCAACAAUGGAGAGAGGAGGAAAAGAAGAGAAGAGAAGAGAAGGGAAUUAAACAAAAUCAAAUGGAAAUAUUCUGAGAGAGAUGUGAAGAGGAGGUAAUGGAGGAAAAUAUAUGGGUGGCCUCUGUUGCUUGGGAGAUUGGCUUUCUGAGGUUGCCUUUAUUCUCUUUGCCCUGCCAAACUGUGAUUGGGGCUUUUGGCAAUGCCGAUGUACAUAUGUUAUUGAUUCGUUUAAUUAUUUGUUGGAGACUCCCUGUAGCUGAUGAUCAGUUGAUAUGAGGGGGGUCAGCCACUGAUGUAAAUAGCCGGAACAGAAAUUAUGAGCAUGUCUAUUGUUUCUCAUUGUAACUUGUCUAUUAUGAGAGAAUAUUAUUCAUUUUAUGAGUUA